GGGGACGAUCUCCUGGGGCAGCUGAUCCGAGACCUGAAUGAAAUCAAUGAGGUUCCUUUUUUCGAUGUGCAGCUGCCUUAUGAGCUGGCACUGAAGAUAUUCCGGUACCUGGGCAAGGCUGAGCUGGGAAGGUGUGCUCAGGUCAGCAGGACGUGGAAAAUCCUUGCAGAGGAUGAAGUGUUGUGGUACCGGCUGUGCCAGGAGGAGGGAUACCUGCUGGACAUGAGCAUCUCCGACCAUUCCUGCUGGAAGCUCGCCCUCAAAAACUGCAGAGCCAGAGAGCACAUGCUGAAAACCAACUGGAAGAACCGCGUGGGUGCCGUGAGCCAACUGCGCUACGAGCCCGGCCGGGUCCUGUGCGACGUCCACUGCUGCGACGGGGUGGUCAUGGCUGGGUACAGCUCUGGGGAGGUGAGGCUGUGGGACACACGCACCUGGGACUACACAGCCCCCGUGCUGGCAGCAGUGGCAGCCCCUGCAGGGGCUGGAGCCCCGCCACACGUCUCCUUUGUGAGGAUAAACAACUCCCUGGCCGUGGCAGCCUACGAGGACGGCAGUGUGAGUGUGUGGAGCCUGCUGCUGGGGCAGGAGCCCAUCCAUCACUUCCAGCACAACCAGCGCAUCCAGGCCUUGGCGCUGGCCCCGGCCGGCCCCGCGCUGGCCACCGCCUCCGGCUUCCAGGUCAGGGUGGAGAGCCCCGACGACAAAGGAUUCUGGCAGACCCCAGCAACCUUUGAAAUCCAGAAAUUGGUCAACUUCCUUAAUCUGGUUCCAGAUGUCACGGGGAGCCCAGUGGCAGUGGCAGCUGCAGAGGACAUUGUCUAUCUCCUGAAAGCAGAAGAUCCUGGCAAAAUUCUCCACUCUGUCUAUGGUCAGCCCGUCACCUGCCUCGAUGUGGCUGCUCACGAAGCAGCUUUUGGCAUCAAAAGCUUUGGCUGGUUAUUGAAUGAGCCCAACCAGAUCCUCAUUUACAACCUGGAAACAAACCAGUGUGUGACCAAGGUGGGCAACUCCAUAGGUGACUUCUCAUGUGUCAACCUCCACAGCAGCCCCCCCAGCAUGCUGGUGGCAGGCAACAGGGACAGAAGGGUGCGGGUGUUUGACCUGCGGCGCAGCGAGGCCGUGUGCUCCGUGUACGGGCACCAGCUGGGAGUGUCGGCGGUGCAGAUGGACGAGUGGAAGGUGGUCAGCGGAGGGGAGGAGGGCCUGGUGUGCGUCUGGGACCAGCGCAUGGCCACCAAACUCUGGGAGAUGCACGCCAGACAUCCAGUCCGCCACGUGUGGUUCAAUUCCCACAGCCUGAUCACUGCCAACAUCCCCGAGGAGAAGAACCCCCGAGGCUCCAGCAUCAGCGAGGACGACCCCAGCUUGCACCGAAAGUACCGAGGGGUGAUUUAUUCCUACGAGUUCUCUGUGGACCAGCUGGCUGUGGACAGCGUCCUCCCCAUCUGCCGCUCCUCCUACGACGAGGUGACGGGUUACAACUACAACAUCGGCCUGGCAGUGCCCUACGACAGCAUCUAGGGCACUUCUCGGCUUCUGGGGCCAGCCAGGGCCACAGGCAAAGGAAAAUCCAUGUGGGACAAGCAGCCAAAAGCUGCAGAAAGCCCUGGGGAUGUGAACCCAAACUGGGCGGGGCUGCCCCCCAGCACCCCGCUGGAAUGUGUCGCUCUGGACGUGUCCAGAGGUGCAGCCUGCUGGAGUGGAGAGGCUGAGGAGGGACAGGGACAGCUGCAGGGUAAAUAAAAAUAUUCCUGCUGCUUGUGGGAAAGAUGCUGCAGGUCCCAUCUUGGUCAGGAAGCCAGAGUGGGAGACUGAAGGGGCAGGAGGCUGGGAGCUCUCUGAGGAGUUCUUCCCUACCCCAAGAGGGAAAAAAAUCACCAAGGACUUGGAAAAAUCAUGUGCUGAGCCACGUGUUUGAAAUGUCUGUCCUGGUAUUGAGCUGCUCCUUCUUGUUUUCCUUGGAGUGCACUGGAAUGUGGCUGGGAACAGGACAACAGGACCAUGCACAAAAGGUUAUGGUGGCUGGGAGAGGGAGGGGAAGGUUCCCUAGGCCAGGCUGGAUGCUUGGGAACUCAGCAGGCCACACACACAUCACAAUUAUUUUAGAUCAAAUUAUUUUUUUAAUUAUUUUAAAUCCUGGAUUAAAUGUUUUCUAAUUGUACAUGUACAUCUGUCUGUGGAAUUCUGUUCCUGAGCCUGUUAGGGUGAGCUGACCCCUGUUCACAGGAUCCAAGGGCUGGCUCAGGUUGUCAGGUGUGUUCUUGGCUGGAUCAUGUCCUUCCACAGCACCUGCAGGGUUUUCAGUGCUGCUCUUGCUUCCAAGCUGGGAAUUGAUGAUGGAGCAGAAGGGGUGACGUGGCCACAGUGGGCAUUGAGCCCCAAAGCUGUGGGGAGGCACCAGGUGAAGGGCAGGAGGUGCUGUUCAGCUGGGAAGGAGGAGUGAGGCUUUACCUGAAGCCCUGACAGGUAGAAGCAGUUUGGGGAACAAGAGCUCCAGUCCUGCAUGGAUCUUCUUACUGAUUUAAAAUUAUUUUAUUGUGAUUUGCCCAUGUAAACUUACUGGUGCAAACCAAAGCUGUGUCAGUUCUGUUUCAAGUGAGGUUAAGUUUUAACCUACACCUUUUUUCCUGGGUGAAUGGAAUCAGUGUGAAGUCCUGGGGAGAGCUGCAGGAAUGUGCCCAAACCUGCAGGAGAGGGGCUGGGCUGGCACUGCAGCCCUGUGCGCUCACUGAGCCCUGCCCAGAGCUGCAUUUCACUGCUUUUCCUCCUUUGCCUUGGGGGGGAGGUUUCCCAUCACCCAUACACCAAAAUUUCACGGUUUAGGUUUUUAAUUACCUUUUUUUCCAUGUGAUGGAUACACAAAAAGUGCAAAGGGCAAAAAGGCAUUCUGUCUGACCAAUAAACCUGAUCUUUCAUAAA